AUGGCCGAAUUCUCCUUUGAAACAGAUCACUCUGUCUCUGCCAGGCGUCGCCACCCUACACCUAGCUCUCGCUACAAUUCUCACUCUUUCACUGCAUCCAGCUCCCACUAUCCCACUCCAGGUAGGCUAUGGAACCUUACUCCGGCUAAUCCAUUUGCCUCCGGGGAUGAUAAGUCGUGGAAAGGCGAGCUUUCAUGGCAGUUUGAGCCAACAGGGUGGCGUGACAGUCGCGACCUAGGUGCAGUACUUAGCCCGUGGGUGGUGGCCACACCGGCAUCAAAUGGUGGCGUAUUCAGGCGGUCAGCUAAUGACUAUUACCUUUCGCGUACUUCUGGCUAUGAUGUGGUGCCUUCGGAGAGGCUUGAACUCCGGAGCUAUGUUGCUAGAGAUGGUGAAAGCUCGGUUCUUGGAAGAAGUUAUGCUUCUGGUGCAUUUAGUACCAAGUCCCAUCAUAAGAUUUCAAGCUUGGCAACUGCUAAGGAGGGGACUAGUGGUGGACAUGGAGGUCCUUUAGCUCAGAAGGAUGAUCUUAGUUUUACUGAUUAUGAGGACGAUGAUGAUGAUGGGGAUGGUAGGGAUGGUGCUCAUGGUCAUCAUCAUAAUCGUCAUCAUGGGAUGAUGCAUGAUCAUGGUGGGCAUUAUGAGAAACAUGGCCACCAUGUUGAUGGUGGUAGGGAAUUAAGCAGCCAUCACUAUAGGGGUGAUGAUGGUUACGACGACAUGGAUCGGGAGUCUGAUGAAGAAGAUGACGUGGAUGAUGGAGUGGCACCUAAGCCACUUGGACUUUUCAGCUUAUUCAAGUAUUCAACAAAGUUGGAUAUGGUUCUUGUGUUAUUUGGUUGUUUGGGAGCUCUGAUAAAUGGAGGGUCUCUUCCUUGGUACUCUUUUUUUUUUGGUAACUUUGUGGACAAAAUUGCUAGGGACACUGACAACACCAAGAUGAUGAAUGAUGUGCAAAAGAUAUGUCUGUUUAUGGCUGGAUUAUCAGCAAUUGUGGUGGUUGGAGCAUACAUGGAGAUUACUUGUUGGAGAAUGGUGGGGGAGCGAUCAGCUCAUCGAAUAAGAACAAAGUACCUGCGAGCAGUUCUGAGACAGGAUAUCAGCUUUUUCGACACAGAAAUUAGUACCAGCGAUAUCAUGCAUGGAAUUUCAAGUGAUGUUGCACAAAUCCAAGAAGUGAUGGGGGAAAAGAUGGCACACUUCGUUCAUCACAUAUUUACCUUCAUCUGUGGUUAUGUGGUUGGUUUUCAAAGGUCAUGGAAGGUUUCUCUGGCAGUUCUUGCAGUCACCCCACUAACCAUGUUCUGUGGUCUUGCUUAUAAGGCUGUAUAUGUUGGCCUAACUGCAAAAGAGGAGGUCUCUUAUCGGAGAGCUGGUGGAAUUGCAGAGCAAGCCAUAAGUGCAAUUAGAACUGUAUUUUCUUUUGUGGCAGAGGAUCAUUUAGCUGCAAGAUAUGGUGAAUUGUUGGAGAAAUCGGCGCCCUUUGGGGCGAAGAUUGGCUUCGCCAAGGGUGCAGGGAUGGGAGUUAUAUAUCUGGUUACUUAUUCCACAUGGGCAUUGGCUUUCUGGUACGGAUCAAUCUUGGUUGCCAAGAAAGACAUCACUGGAGGUGCAGCCAUUGCUUGUUUCUUUGGUGUCAAUGUAGGAGGGAGGGGCUUGGCAUUGUCACUAUCAUAUUUUGCUCAAUUCACACAAGGAACUGUAGCAGCUAGCCGAGUGUUUGAAAUUAUAGAUAGAGUUCCAGAGAUUGAUCCCUACAGUCCUGAGGGGAGGAGGCUCUCUAGUGUACGUGGAAAGAUCAUGUUAAAAAAUGUAACUUUUGCUUACCCUUCUCGUCCAACUCUUCCGAUUCUUCGCUCUCUCAAUCUUGUAGUUCCAUCUGGAAAGACACUUGCAUUGGUUGGUGCCAGUGGAGGUGGCAAGUCCACCAUUUUUGCUCUUAUAGAGAGAUUCUAUGAUCCUACCAAUGGAUCGAUCACAUUGGAUGGUCACGAUUUAAGGACACUGCAAAUUAAGUGGCUGAGAAGUCAGAUAGGUGUGGUGAGUCAGGAACCAGUUCUCUUUGCCUCCUCCAUACUAGAAAAUGUGAUGAUGGGAAAGGAGAAUUCCACAAGGAAAGAGGCCACUGCUGCUUGCGUUGCUGCCAGUGCCCACAACUUCAUCAGUGGUCUUCCACAAGGCUAUGAUACUCAGGUUGGAGACAAAGGAACCCAACUCUCAGGUGGUCAGAAACAGAGAAUUGCUCUGGCUCGAGCCAUGAUUAAAGAUCCUACGAUCCUUCUGUUAGAUGAGCCCACUAGUGCCCUGGACCCCGAGUCUGAGUCCAUGGUCCAGCAGGCCAUUGACAAGAUAUCUAUUGGCAGAACCACCAUUGUCAUUGCCCAUAGGCUAGCAACAGUAAGAAAUGCUCACACAAUUGCAGUUCUUGACUGCGGCUCUGUUGUUGAGAUUGGGGACCAUCACCAGCUCAUGAAAAAUGCUGGGGCUUACUAUGAACUUGUCAAGCUCGCUUCAGAAGCAGUUUCAAAGCCUGUACCAAAGCAAAUGGAUAGUAAAAGGGAUGCCGAGUUCUCCGUGUAUGAGAAAUCAGUUAAUGAUGUCUAUGAAAUCUCACGGUCAAAGUACUUAAAAUCAAUGCAAGAAAGUUAUGAAGUGGAGGAGGAAGAACAAAAAGGAGCAAAGCAGAAGAAAUUUAGACUUCAAGAGGUAUGGAAGUUGCAGAGACCAGAGCUAGCCAUGCUGCUAAUAGGAUUACUCUUGGGUAUGCUAGCAGGUGCAAUUCUCUCCAUCUUUCCUCUAGUUUUAGGCCAAGCACUUAAAGUCUACUUCUACCCAGAUGCAUCAAAGAUGAAAAGGGAAGUUGGGUACCUCUGCUUGGCACUGGUUGGCCUUGGCCUUGGGUGCACAAUAUCCAUGACAGGCCAACAAGGUUUCUGCGGUUGGGCAGGGACAAGGCUCACAAAGAGGGUUAGAGAUUUCUUAUUCCAAGCUAUACUAAAACAAGAACCAGGUUGGUUUGAUUUCGACGAGAAUUCCACUGGAGUACUAGUAUCAAGGCUCUCAAUUGAUUGCAUCAGUUUCCGGUCAGUUCUUGGUGAUCGGUUCUCAGUCUUACUGAUGGGAUUGAGCUCUGCUGCUGUUGGUCUUGGUGUGUCAUUUCUUCUCGAAUGGAGACUAACCCUCUUGGCCACUGCUCUCACUCCCUUCACACUUGGUGCAAGCUAUUUCAGCCUGAUCAUUAACAUUGGGCCUAAAUUGGAUAACUCUUCUUAUGCCAAAGCUAGCAAUAUAGCUGCAGGUGCAGUAUCAAAUAUAAGGACAGUGAUGACACUUUCAACUCAGCAACAGAUAGUUCAUUCCUUUGAUCGAGCUCUAUCCGAGCCACAGAAAACAUCGGUUAGAAGGUCACAAGUUCUUGGGCUAGCCCUUGGAUUCUCUCAAGGUGCAAUGUAUGGAGCUUAUACUCUAAUGCUCUGGUUUGGAGCCUACCUUGUAAAACUAGACAAGACAAAUUUUGGGGAUGUAUACAAGAUAUUUCUAAUACUUGUCCUGAGCUCAUUCUCUGUUGGACAACUAGCUGGCCUUGCACCAGAUACUUCCAUGGCCCCAUCUGCUAUACCUGCUGUUUUUGAUAUCAUUAAUCGUAGACCAUCGAUAAGCAAUGAUCAACAGAAAGGUAGGAAGAUUGACAGGUCGAAGCAAUUUGAUAUCGAGUUCAAGAUGGUAACAUUUGCAUAUCCAUCUAGGCCUGAGGUGAUUGUUUUGAGGGACUUCAGUCUGAAGGUCAAAGGUGGGAGCAGGGUGGCCCUGGUAGGAGGAAGUGGUUCUGGAAAAUCAACUGUGGUAUGGAUGAUACAGAGGUUUUAUGAUCCAAUAAGAGGGAAGGUACUCAUGGGAGGGGUGGAUUUGAAGGAGCUUAAUGUGAAGUGGCUGAGAAGGCAAAUAGCUUUGGUGGGUCAAGAGCCUGCACUGUUUGCUGGGAGCAUAAGGGAGAAUAUUGCAUUUGGAAAUCCGAAUGCUUCUUGGAGUGAGAUUGAAGAAGCUGCAAAGGAAGCUUACAUUCACAAGUUCAUUAGUGGCCUCCCUCAGGGCUAUGAAACACAGGUUGGUGAGAGUGGGGCCCAACUAUCGGGUGGCCAAAAACAAAGGAUCGCGAUUGCAAGGGCAAUACUGAAGAAAUCAAGUGUGCUACUCCUAGAUGAAGCUAGCAGUGCCUUGGACUUGGAAUCAGAGCAGCACGUCCAGAAUGCACUGGGGAAGAUUUCCAAGCGGGCCACCACUAUUGUGGUGGCCCACCGGCUUUCAACGAUCAGAAAAGCUGACCUCAUAGCGGUUGUUAGGGAUGGUGCAGUGGCGGAGUAUGGAAGCCAUGAUACACUCAUGGCUUCCCAUCUUGAUGGCAUCUAUGCUAGUCUGGUCCGUUCAGAAACAGAAGCAAAUGCUUUUUCUUGA